AUGGCGGACGAACCCGAAUUCGGUGAGCAUGAUGUGCAGCUCGCUUUAUCGCACUCUUUGACCCUGGGAAACACUGAAAACGAGACCGAGAAAGAUCCAAGCUACGAACUGGUGAGCAGGAACAAGGAAUCACAGAAGAAUGAACGAACACCUUUAGUGCGCACCGUGGACCCAGAAGAACAGGAAUCCCCAUCCGCGUGGAGUACAAAUUUUAAACGAUUUCGCUCGUUUACCAUGUCUCAUUUCACAGUAUCGUUGAUAGAAAAGGAAUGUCGCGAUAGGCAAGCUUCUGCUGUUCUUGCCGGCUGGAAUGUGACUAAUCUGAUUCAAGGAAUGGGAAUUCUUGGAGUUCCCUAUGCCGUGCGUGAGGGAGGAAUUGCGGCAGUUAUUUGUAUCUUCAUUGUAGCCGUGUUCUGCGAUGUGACUGGAAUUCUUCUGGUCGAUUGCUUAUACGAAGUCUCUCCCCGUAGCAAGCUGAGGAAGAGGAUUCGUAGUUCUUACCCUGAUGUAGGUGAAGCAGUGUGGCCUGGUGUGGGAGGGAGGGUGGUUAGUGUUGUCCAGACAAUAGAACUGUAUGCGGCUGCCAUCCUUUACUUAGUGCUCUUAACGACCAUGUUUUAUCAGAUUACAAACAAGUUUUUACCUCUCACUCUAAAUGAAUGGGCCGUCCUCUGUUCUAUAGCUGUCCUGCCAAGUGUCUUCAUCACAAGAUUGUCGCUUAUUGCCUGGAUGAGCAUGCUGGCAGUGUUCUCCCUGAUGUCUGCGCUGGCUGUUAUGGUAGCCUACUGUGUUGUACGAUAUGAUCAGUGGACUGUGGACAACAUCCCAUCCUUUGAUAUAAAUACAUUUCCUGUUGGGUUUGGUAUCGUGACAUUCAGUUACUGUGCUCAUGCAGUUUUCCCUGGAAUAGAGGGCAGUAUGAGGGAACCAAAGAAAUUCAACAAAAUGAUGCAUGUUUCCUUCUUCAUCUCAGCUGCUGUUAAAGCUUUGUUUGGUGUAUUCGCUGUCCUAACAUUUGGCUUGGCUACAGAACAAGUAUUUACCAUAAACUUGGCAGGCAAUGUAGGUUUUAACACAGCAGCAACAGCUUUUGUGGCAACAAAUGUAUUCUUUUCAUUCCCACUACCACUGUUUGUAGUGGUGGAAACAUUUGACAGUACUGUUGGGCCAUACUUUCCUCAUUUAAAGAAAGGUACAAAGUAUCAUUGGUUCUGGUUUGUACUAACAAGGACCUUGCUUGUAACAUUUGCCCUUUUCAUUGCCUUGGUUGUGCCCCAUUUUGGCCUGUUGAUGGGUUUUGUGGGCAGUUUCACUGGCACAUGCCUAUCUUUUGGAUUUCCGUGUAUAGCUCAUCUUAAGUUACGGUGGAAUUCCCUGCGCUGGUAUCACAUUAUGGCGGAAAUUCUUCUUAUUGUGUUUGGAGUUUUAGCAGGCGGUUUAGGUUUUGUUUAUUCAGGUAAAGCACUUGUGGACUCAUUUAGGACAUUUCAGUGAAAAUAAUUAAUAGUUUAAUUUAACUACGUGAAGAGUACAGGAGCAGUCUUAACCUUUCAUUCUAAAGAUCGUAUUAGUAAGUCUCCUUACUUUUUUUCCCCUACCAUACAAUUAUUAAGUUAGCUCAGAUAAACUGCCAUUGGCAGGAUCAACCAAGAAUUCCUAAAUUAUUGAUAUUUUUCUUUAUUCUCUUCACUUGUCUGCUUGAUAUUGGUUUGUUAUGGAAGGAGGAAUUCUUUCUUGGCAACUCAUAGGAGUUUAAGGGUUAAGAGAUCUAAAAUUCAUUUCUAAUUGUAUCAGUUCAGAGUCUAGGUACUUUCAAAAAAAUUAUGAUCAUCUUUGGGAAAUAUUUUGCCAUAGCCUCUACAAUUAUCACAAACUAUUUAAUUAAAAGAUGUCAGGAAAUUAUAUCAUCAGGAAAUUUAUUUUAUGAUAAGCAAAUAAAUUUGAUGGCUACUGUCUGUUUUAUUCUGUAAACUUGUCAUGUAUGAGGUAAUAAAUUAAAAGUAACAGAUAGUAGAGUGUUUAGCUAAUACGGAGAACCAGUUAGGCAAGAGUGAAAAAAGCCAAUAAUUGUAACAAGAGUGAAAAAAAAAGAAAAAAGAAUGGGACAAAAUACACUUUACAUUAAAUUACAGUUUAUACUGUUACAUUCUUUGUUUUAAUUCAUUGACUUUUGUCAGACUCUGUGGCUGAAGGAGCCAUUAGGGGUGAGUUUCUUAUUUUCUCAAAUCUUUAUUAAGGGAUCUCAUGGAUUUUUUUGUUUUUGUUUUAAUGAACCUGAAAUGAGAUUACUGGACAGGUAAUGUUUUAAAUGAAGAUCAAUUUUAAUAAGUUGUGUAGAUGUGUUUUUUGAAAGCUUUGUUCAACACCCAUUGACUUCAGGUGCAUUGUGGUAAUCAAGGUUGAUGUUAGGAUUUAGAGGUGAUGUGAGUUUCUUUUUAUUUUUAAUCAAUGCACAAUGAGUUAAAGGGUGUUUUGCCUCUUUUGGGGGCCUAGAACUCUUGGCUGGAGUGUGAAGUGACUCUAGAAGACAUGGUGAAUGGUGGCUUGAAUUGUUACCAAAACAUUAAGCUUCUAGGUGCCAUGAUACAUGUAAAAUUGAGAGGGUAGUUCUUAUUCUGAUUAUACAAUAUUGGUCCAAUAUCGGUCCAAUAUUGGAUAUUUUUGUACUGAUUUGAAUAAUGAUUUAUAAUCAAGUUGUUCAAAAUUGAGAACUAUUAAAGUUUUUUUUAUCAAUUAGAAUAUUGUUUCAGCAUUCUAUUCUACUCAUAUGACCUCAGAAUCUACUCUUGUGGGAAGAGUAUAGGAUUAAAGAGUCCUCUAUCUCCCUUUCUUAGCACAUAUGUUAUUGGACGACAGUGUUUAUUAGUUGACUUGAAUCAAGAAAAAUUGUUGUCAUGAACACUUGCACUUCUAGCUACUGCCUCAGUGAUGUGCUUCCUGUCAUCUCUAAGUUAAACCUGUGGUAUGUGAGUUACCCUAAAACCUAACAUGGUUGCCACAGGUCAGAAAAAUGGUGAAAAAAUUAAAAUUCUUCAAGAUCAAGGAUUAGUCAGGGAAUUUAACUUUAAGUCAGGAAAACUUCACAUCUUUUGAAUAAGUUAGGGAAAAGCAAAAUUUCCAGGGAAUAUGAAUGAUUUCUUCUUGUCUUGGCCCACUUCAUGAUUAGAGAUGGUUCCACUUUUCUAUUCAGUGAUGCAGCUACUGUUUAGAACAAUUGAUAAACUCCUGUUGGUUUGUGAAUGAAAUCAUACAUUUUCUUUUUAUUCUGUUUUCAUCAUUUUCUCAUCCUUUUCACAAAUUCUUUGGUAUAUUUCAUGGAUGAGAAAGGUGUUGGAUCAGUAGAAUAUUGUUAAACGAAAUUGGAUGACAAACUAAAACUAAUGUUGUGUUUCCAAAAAAAUCUAUCAUUUUUUCAUGUUACCUAAAUGAGCUAUCAAUUCAUAUACACUGUAGCAGAAAUUUAUGGAUAGCUGUGGGUGGAGGUUGGUGACUACUACAUGGAUUCGUUUGUGACAAUGUAAAUUCAGUUGGUCUGGUAAAUGUUGUGUUUGUCAGGGAAAAGUUAGAGAAUUUCGAAAUCCUGUGACUGUGGAAACCAUGCCUAUGGUGUAACUGUGACUAAGUUUCUUUUCUUUUUUUGCGCAUUCUUCACAGAUGGUCGCGCGAAUUUGGAAAAAAAAACUUUGUGAAUAGUAGAAGUAUUAAAAUAAAGAUUCUUGUGCUCGUGCUGAAACGACAGGGCCAUUUUGUUCAGAAAACCUUCGUUACUGUAUAUAUUUUUUUGUACUCGAUUUUAUCGCUUUGCUGAGAGAUCUAUUCUUACAGUUUAGAUUCCUAUAUUUUCACUCAAAUCCUUCAGGACUGUAAUACAAACGAAAUUCAAACUAACCUCGAUUUACGCUGAAUGCCUCUCGAACUACAAGUCCUAAAUACAGUACAUGCAUUUCAUAAGUAAAGGAUUACAACUCGCAACCGAGCUGCAACGGAAUAACCUUGGAAAAAAAACACAGGCUUUGACAGGAUUCGAACUCGUGUCUCACAGAAACUAGUUGGACGUGCUACAUAGAGCUACAUGAUCAGACAAAGGCGAAUUAAAAUGGAUUCUUUAUUUAUUUCAGGCUUUUUUACUGCGAUUUUGUAAUCUUACUGCUCACCGGCUAGGAUUUUAUCUUUAUUUGUUUAUCAUCGUCAGUUAAAACAGUUUAAUUUAUUUUCAUUUCUUAGUUAUCAGUACCUAUUGUUGUAUUUCUUGCUAUGCUAAGUAUGCCGACGGGACAGAACUCGGUGUUCAUGUUUUCUAUUGUUAUUUCGGUCUUUUAUCGGUCAAUUUCGAAUACAAAAAAGUUAUUAGAGGAACUUUUGAAGAGUAAUUUUUUAGAGGAUGCCGGACUCUUGCGCUGAAUUUGCGGGGUUUUCUCUGUGCUGAACACGUGGUCAAUUGUUGUAACAUGGUAUCAAUAUUUGCGUGACGUAGACCGCAUGCAGCGAUUUAUGACAUGUAAUACGUGAACUGAGUUUUUCACAAACCGACGUUGUUUUGGUUUUCGAUCCAAUAUGUCUUAAGAAAUAAGCAUAAUCACUUUCAGUGCAUAAAAUGGUUCACGUUUUAAGCCUGGUUGUUAGGGGACUACACGCGAGAUACAGUCGCGAAACUAGUAACGAAAACUUGGAAAACCAGUCUGACUUGGUGAACGUGCGACAAACCGGACCGAUGGUCUCCGUAUUUCCGCGCGUUCAUCGUCGUAUCUCUAUACAGAAUCAAACAACCGUUGUGCCAAGCGGAGUAGUUGUUGCUCUUGUAAGGAGAUAAAAGUCUGAGAAGAACAGUCCUCAAAUCAAAGAAUGGACGAGGAGAGUACGGAAAUGAACACGAUUUCGGUGACUGCGCUCCCGUGUUCUAGCACAGCUCCAUCGGCGACUACUGUGAUAAAAGAACCAGAGUUAGUAACAAUCCUCGAGGACAUGCCUUUGACAAACGAACAGAUCGAAGAAGAGCAAGAUCUAUUGGAAGAAGCCGAGGAUGAGUUCGAGCCGAAUGAAAACACUCCACUCAUUCGAUCGCACGAAACUCUAGAAAAGAGUGACUCAAGUUUCUUCACACACAACAGCAAAAGUUUCACGACAACUUUCACAACGAGUCAGGCAUCCUUAUUCAUCCCUUCGUUCCAGUUUUCGUUGUAUUCUAGCAUAGUAUCAAUCUCGCGGUCUCUAAAUCAACGAUCCGUGGCCCUCACGAUUGACGACAGAAGUAGCCAAGACUCGAAAUCGAAAUCAACAACCUUGUUGGAGAAGUUGUCAGAAGAUGGCCAAGCAACGACCAUGCUUGCGCUAUGGAACAUGAUUAACAUGAUCUUUGUUAGCACUAGUGUUCUAGCUAUGCCCUAUGCGAUCUUCCUGGGAGGAUUCGCAGCUCUGUUCCUAAUUUUAUUCAUUGGAUUUCUGACCGACAUCACUUCAGUUCUUCUUGUUGGCUGCCUUUACGAAAUCUCACCGAAAAGCCGGCUUCGCAAACGAGUCCGAGCGAGUUAUGCCGAGAUUGCAGCGCACGUUUGGGGACCAGUGGGUGGGUGGAUAGUUGAUUUCGUAACCGUGAGCUUGUCAUACUGCAGCUGUGUUCUGAUGGUGAUGGUUCUCGGUAGUAGCUUCAUGGAACUGUUCAAGGAACUGGUCAUGUUAAACUUAAAGGAAUGGUGCUUGAUCUGUGCACUGGCCAUGUUACCCACAGUUUUCAUCAAAAGACUGUCCAUUCUUGCCUGGCUAAGUAUGCUAGCUGUAGUAGCAGUGUUUAUUAUUGCCUUUAUUCUGUUAGGUUUUACUCUGGGGGAUUCGAACUCUUGGACAUUAGACAAAAUUCCUUCAUUUAACAUUAACACUUUUCCAGUUAGUUUAGGAAUUAUUAUGUUUUCAUACUGUGGCCAUACAGUAUUUCCUGGAAUAGAGGGCUCCAUGCAGAAACCCGUGAAAUACAAAAGUGUCACGCAUCGGGCAUUUAUCUCCGUCACGGCAGUGAAAUUUUUAGUUGGGCUUUUCUGCUGCCUCACAUUUGGUAGCAACACCAAGUCAAUUGUGAUCAUAAAUCUCAGUUUGUCAUAUGGCUCAAUUCUUAGCAAAAUAGCAACAGUGUUGGUUAUCAUAAAUAUUUACUUUUCAUACCCUCUUAAUAUGUUUGUUGUAAGUGGAACAUUAGAUAUAAUUCUUUUGCCAAAGUUUCCCCUCUGCUACAAUCACAAGCGUUACAAUUAUUUGUGGGUUCUCUUCACUCGCACUUUCCUGGUCCUCUCAACACUUGGUAUUGCUGUAGCUGUACCUCAUUUUGGGCUGCUGAUGAGUAUAUUUGGAAGCUUGUUUGGAGCUUGUAUCACCAUGAUUUUCCCUUGCCUAUUCCAUUUGCAGCUUAAAUGGAACAAGUUGACUUGGUAUAAGAAAGUUUGUGAGAUGCUUAUAGUGUUAUUUGGGAUAGUUGCAGGCACAUUAGGUUUGAGUUAUUCCUCUAUUGCCCUGAAGAAUGCCUUGCACUAA